AUGGACCCCAACGCGUAUCCCGCUGGCUUUCCGGUCCCAUCCCCGAGCCCGAAUCCAAUGUCCUUCUACCCAAACAAUUACCCCCAACAAUUUGCCCAGUCCAAAGGCCUGGCUCAGCCUGGACAACAGCAGCAUUCCUUUGGUAUGCCCAUACAGCCAGGCGCUGGUGGAGCUAUGAUGCCCCAAGGCUUUCCCCAAUCAUCUGGUACGAAACCCCCCCCCCCCUGUCCCCAUUUUCGCUCUCUGGAUUUCAGUUUGCACUAUUGUCAAUCCAGAUGCGCCCAGUGCCACUUUCUGGGGCAUGGCGCAUUUGGCAUGUUCCCAGCAUCCAUGGAUAAUUUCUCGACGCCUUUUCCCCAAACCUCCGCUCCCGCAAACUUGAACCACUUCUCCCAGCCAAACAGUGCGAUGAACACCCCCUCUACUGUAGCGCAGACCUUCUCUCAAAACAUGGCAUCGAUCUCCGCCAACAACCUGCUCGCCAACCAGCCACGAAAUCAAAUAAACUCCCCCAAAGUGCCCCAACCCGGCACCCCAAAUCAAAAUCAGAACACAGCUCAGGGACAAAGCUCUGGUCAGACCCAGGCUCCACCGCCGGCGUUAACUCCAGCGCAGUUACAGGCACAGGCUCAAGCGGUGGCUCGUGAAAAAGUCCGCGUUAUGACGUUGCUCGAUAUAAAUUCGACGCUGUUACAAGAGAUUGCGAAUCUCCAGGCGGGGGGCAAGACAGGGUCGGGGUCACAUACGGAUGGCGCCAACGGCUUUCAGGGGUCAAAACCGAGUCAAGAAUACAUAGACUGCAUGCGACGGCUGCAGGCAAAUCUGGCAUACCUCGCCUCUAUCACUGAUAAACAAAGAAGACUCCCAGCACCCGCCAUAUUGACUCCACCUCCGAAUGUUCCUACCCUGAAUGAUACCUACAAGAAACUUAACGAGCUUUUCCCGCGACCAGGCCAGGUUCCAGCCAAGAAAUUUAGUCCAGGGUUGGGACAAGGCAACGGCGGGCCCAGUCCCUCCCCUAUGCCUGACCCGGUCGCCUGA